CUCUCUUGUCCGGCAGUACAAGAUGAGCAAGCUCCCCUCCGAUACCCUCCGCGAUGGCGUCUCCUUCGUGCUCGAGAAGAGCAAGGCGAAGCCGCGCAAAUUCACGGAGACGAUCGAACUCCAGAUCGGCCUGAAGAACUACGACCCGCAGAAGGACAAGCGCUUCAACGGCACGGUGUCGCUCCCGACGAUCCCGCGCCCGAAGCUCAAGCUCUGCAUGCUCGGCGACGCGAAGCACUGCGAGGAAGCCGUCGGCGUCGGCAUCGACCACAUGGACGUCGAGGCGCUCAAGAAGCUGAACAAAAACAAGAAGCUCAUCAAGAAGCUCGCGAAGAAGUACAACCACUUCCUCGCGUCCGAGUCCGUCAUCAAGCAGAUCCCGCGUCUUCUCGGUCCCGGCCUGAACAAGGCGGGGAAGUUCCCGACGCUGUGCACGCACAACGAGUCCCUCGAAGCCAAGGUUAACGGCAUCCGCUCGCAGGUGAAGUUUCAGCUCAAGAAGGUGCUGUGCCUCGCCGUCGCCGUGGCAAACGUGGAGCAGACGGAGCGCGAGAUCUUUGUCAACGUGCAGACGUCCGUGAACUUCCUCGUGUCGCUCCUGAAGAAGAACUGGCAGAACGUCAAGUCGCUGUACAUCAAGUCCACCAUGGGCCCUCCGUUCCGUCUCUUCUAAGCGUUCGUUUUCGUCGUCUGUACACACAGCGACGAGACGAACGCGUAGGAUGGAGACGUAGACGAAGGACGAUGUAUUGAAGCGGUUUCACUUCUGCUACGAUGUAAGUCAACAGUGUAUAUGGAAAGCCUCGCUUUAACAAGAUGAUGUUUAAGCUAUCACCAAGGCCUCGCUGCAACGCACAUGCCGUCCCCGUAACAAGGCGGGUUGGCGGCGCAAGCAACGGGAGUCAUUUGGUAGCUCCGAUUCGCGCGGGGGAAACCUCGCGCGGAUGAGCGCGCUUGCUACGUCCAGUACCACGAACAAGAGAGAAUUCAAACACACUUAUAGACUCACGAAUAGUUUGAGCCCUAUUCAAUAUAAACUUCUGCCAAAGUUUACUACAUACACACGCGUCUCGCCUCGCUGCGUCCAGUCUUUUUUUCCUUCGACGCAGCGCGCCGCGCGGUACUUCCGGAAGCGCAUCCUCUCGUCUCGCCUCGCUCCUCACUGUCCGAGGGUAUUACCCGCCCCCGGUAUCAAGUCCGCGUUCCCCGUGCUCACGAGCGCGGCGACGAUGACCAAAACCCCGGAGUUCCACAGCGAGUGGAUCAUCAUCGGCGUCAGCAAAUUCCGCGUCCGCGCGUAACUAAACCCGCACACCAUCCCGAGCGCGACGAGCUGCGAAAAAUCCCUCGGCGCGAAGUGCGCGCCCGCGAAAAUCACAGAGCUGAACAACACCGCGCCCGGGGUGGGAAGCCACUUCGUCAACGACGCGAGGAGGAAUCCUCUGAAGACGACCUCCUCGAGCGCGGGCGCGAACACGGACGUGACGGCGAGGAUGGAGAGGAAUCGAAUCGGGAGGUCGUCGCCGCCGCCGAGGAUGGGAAGCACCGCAUCGAUCGUUCCUCUGCUGGUCUCCGACUCCGCGGCGGCGGGCGAGGGCAUCGAGGGCACCCCCGAGGGCACCCCCGAGGGCACCCCCGAGGGCACCGCG